UUAUGAUAUCUCUAUCUCCCAUUCCAGCACGGAUCGGCUUUAGGCAGAAAUAAGGUCAUAUUAUGAAACGUCCACGAAACAGUUCUGUACCAUCUGUGCAAAACUGUUUUUGUAAGAAAUCUCUAAAAUUUGAUGACAUUUCCUGCAGCUACAGAGAAGGCUGAAAUACAAACAGUCCCUUUCCCGAAAACGAGGUGUUAUUUCAAUAACAUUUCUCACCAGCACUUUUCUUUUUUGCAAAAGUGUUUGUUCUAGUGAUGUGGACGUAUGAUGAACGUCAAUGGUUAAUAAGAUAACCAGAAACUGUGAAAAUCAAAUGUGCCUGGAACGCAUCAGUUUCACACUUUUAGUCCUUCGCUUGAGACUCAAGGGCCACAUGACCAGGUAGGUCUUUCACCUCUGGAAACCGUUAAACAUCCUUCCAGUAAGAAAUAAUCGUUAAGGGCAAGGUGUUAAAGAAAUCCAGUGAGCUGUUCCCCGUGGGUCACCGCCUCCCUCCACCUGCCUCCACCCGCCUCCCGCGCACUGAACGCAAAAAGCUUAGACAGGAAGAGCGAGGCCAGAGGAGACUACAACUCCCAGCAGGCGUCGCGGCAGCGGGAGGCCACGCACGCGCAACCCAGGCCCCAGGACAAGUCUCGCCGCCGGCCUUCUGGGAGGGCAGGAUGGCGGUGUCCGCGCUGCGGCUGGGAGCGGAAAAGCUCUUUGAAAUGCCUGCGGUGCUGAGGCGACUGAGCCGCUGUCAGAGCACGUCCCAGGCCUUUGCUGAGGUGCUGCGGCUUCCGAAGCAGCAGCUGAGGAAGCUGCUGUACCCGCUGCAGGAAGUCGAGCGGUACCUCGCCCCCGACAGGAGGCAAGACCUUCACCUGCGGAUUUUUAACCCGAGCCCCGAGGACAUCGCGAGGGCGGAGAGCGUCUUCAAGGCCACUGAACAUAACCGCAUCGAAUACGUCAGCUCCGCCAUCCGUAUGGACCACGCCCCGGACCUCCUCCGGCCUGAGGUGUGUUUUAUAGGCAGAAGCAAUGUUGGAAAAUCCUCCCUAAUCAAGGCUUUAUUUUCACUGGCCCCUGAGGUUGAAGUCAGAAUCUCCAAAACACCAGGACACACAAAGAAAAUGAAUUUUUUCAAAGUUGGAAAAUAUUUUACGGUGGUGGACAUGCCAGGGUAUGGCUAUAGAGCACCUGAAGAUUUUGCCGACAUGGUAGAGACCUACCUAAAAGAACGAAGCAACUUGAGGAGAACAUUUUUAUUAGUGGAUAGUGUUGUUGGAAUUCAAAAAACAGACAAUAUUGCCAUUGAAAUGUGUGAAGAAUUUGCAUUACCUUAUGUGAUUGUAUUAACAAAAAUUGACAAAUCUUCCAAAGGACAUCUUUUAAAACAAGUGCUUGAGAUCCAGAAAUUUGUUAACACGAAAACUCAAGGAUGUUUUCCUCAGUUGUUUGCUGUAAGUCACACACAAAAAAAUGCUGGAGCGCUGAAGUCUCAAGCGCCCUGGUUAUGUAUCUACAAAAGUCCUUCUCAGUGCAAGGUAAGACGUUCCUGCUUCUCCUUCACCUUCUGCCAUGUUUGUAAGUUUCCUGAGGCUUCCCCAGUCUGCAGAACUGUGAGUCAAACUUAUUUAUAAAUUAUUCAAUCUCAGGUAGUUCUUUAUAAUAAUGUGAGAAUGUAUUAAUACAAAUGACUUCCACUUAAGUUUGAAAUAUGACAAAAUAUGACAUUCGGAAGAAGAAUAGAUUCAGGUAAGGUGGCAGGGGCGCUACGAUAACUUUUGAUAUGCUGAGUUUGAGAUUGCCCAUGGCUGUCCAUGAGAAAAUGUGCAAUUCACCAGUUGUAUAAAUGGGACUAUAGCUCAAAAGUGAUUGCAAAGGGAUGAAGUAGAGACAGUGAAUAUAGGACAAUAUUUUUAGUAGCUUAGAUAGGAGUGAAAAUGGAGUUUAUUGGUGACAGAGAGAUACAGAGUCAAGAAGAGUAUUUUGUUUUGUUCUGAUUUUAAGGAUAGUGUACCAGUCAGGAUUCCACCAGCCAAACAGAAACAGUAGGAUAUAUAAAAGGAUUUACAGAAAGAAAUUGACUUUUGCCAUUGUAGGGGUCAGAUAGGAAAGCCUGAAAUUCAUAAGGCUGGAAACUCUCAGGCAGUAGCUGAAGCUGAAGUCCACAGGUAGAAUUCUUCUUUCUUCACACCUUCAGGGAAACCUAAGUGUUAUUCUUUAGGCCUUUCAACUGAUUGGAUCAGGCUCACCCACCUUAUCCAGAAUAAUUUCCUUUACAUAAAGUCAACUGAUUGUAGACAUUAAUCACAUCUACAGAAUACCUUCACAGCAACACCUAAGUUAAUAUGUGAUUGAAUAACUGGGUACAGCCUAGCCAAGUCGACACGUAAAACUGAGCAUCACAGAUGGAAAACAACUUGAUGAAACAUAUAUAUAUAUAUAGGCCAAAGGGAAGAAUUCAAAGUAUGAAAGAAGCUGGAUGUAAAAAAAAAAGGAGAGAAUUGUUGGAGAAAGACCCAUUACUCAUUCAACAAAGUUUCUGAGCAUCAGUUGUUUGCCAGACACCAUACUAGGAACCAGAGAGACAAGCAGGAAUGGAAUCAAGUGCUGAAGCAAAGGGAUUGACUUAAACAUCAAAAACUUUUGUUCUCUGAGCCAGGAAGAAAAACAAAAAUAGCUAUAGAUAUUGAUCUAUUUGGGAUGGAGUGACAGAUAGCUUCUGUGUUCUCAGUGGAGGAAGAUUUGAGAUCAUUACCAAGAGUGGAGGAGGGCAGGGAGAUGGUGAUCUGGCUAAGCAAUGGAUGUUGAAAUCUGAGCUUCCUUAAACCAGGGGACAUGGAAUAAACACAGGCUAUAUACAUUAGAAGGUAAGGUUUUAGGGCCAUACUGUAAA